AUGGAUGAUAUGCAAGGGAGUGACUCAGAUUUGGUUGAGACAGAGGUUCAGUUAAUAGAAGACAGUUCGAAUGGUGGUAGCUCAUCAGAGGGGAAGACAGAGGCGUUGGGAAAUAUUCCCAUUGCUCUAGAAGAUCAAGAGAAGACCACCUUCAAUUAUCCUUAUGGCACAUUCGCCUAUCAUCGUAUACCCUUCGGGCUUUGCAAUGCCCUAGUCACUUUUCAGAGAUUUAAGGCUAUCAGAAGCUUUUUGGGACAUGCUGGAUUCUAUAGAAGAUUCGUCAAGAAUUUUUCUGUAAUUGCUAGGCCAUUGACGAAACUUUUGGAAAAGGGUGCUCCUUUUGAGUUUAGUGAAGACUGCAUGAACGCUUUCCUUAGCCUGAAGAAGAAGCUUUUUGAGGCACCAUUAAUAGUUUCUCCUGAUUGGAGUUCGCCAUUUGAAGUGAUGUGUGACAUGAGUGAUUAUACAAUUGGGGCAGUAUUGGGGAAACAAUGGGAUAACAUUUCCAUCCGAUUUACUAUGCAAGCAAGACUUUAA